ACGCACGAACCAAAACUAAACUAACCAAGUUGUCACGGAGUGAUUUGUGUCUUGUCUACAUUUAUUUAAUUAAUCAAUUAGGUUAACGAUAUUUUAUUGAAAAAAUUCAUCGGUUGGAUUUGGUUUGGUUUAAUUACAUAUAUUUGCUCAUUGAAAACGCCCACGAUCGGAAAAAUGUCCAUCUUCUCUUAUAAUGGUGGUGCUGUUGUGGCUAUGAAAGGGAAAAACUGUGUGGCUAUUGCAGCUGACCGACGUUUCGGGAUUCAGGCUCAGACCAUCUCAACAGACUUCCAGAAAGUUUUUGAGAUGGGAUCACACCUGUAUGUUGGAUUACCAGGACUCGCUACUGACACUCAAACAGUAGAGCAGAGGCUUAAGUUUAGGCUGAAGCUCUAUGAGCUUAGAGAAGGCCGUGUCAUGAGUCCGAAGGUGUUCGCAUCUAUGCUCUCCAACCUGCUAUAUGAAAAGAGGUUUGGUCCCUACUUCGUAGAACCCGUAGUGGCAGGUCUGGACCCCAAAACGUUUGAGCCGUUUGUCUGCAGCAUGGAUCUGAUUGGCUGCCUCAGCACACCAGAGGACUUCUGCGUCGGAGGUACCAGCAGCAACCAGCUGUUUGGCAUGUGUGAGGUGCUGUGGCAGCCAGAUCUAGAGCCUGAGGACCUGUUUGAGACCAUCUCCCAAGCUCUAGUCAACUCAGCUGACAGAGAUGCAAUGGCUGGAUGGGGUGCUGUCGUUCACAUCAUAGAAAAGGAUAAGGUCACAACAAGAACAGUCAAGACAAGAAUGGACUAAUUUAUGGCUUACUUAUAUUUUUGUGGAUUCACAUUUUCAAUUCAUAAGUUCUAAUAAAUUUUUUUUUCAAAA